GGGUGAACGAUAAGAAAUUGCAAGAUCAAUGAAUUGAAUUGAUCACCAAUGGGAGAGAAGAGAUGAAGGGUGCACCUUGGCGCAGGGUAAGCACGUGCGGAUUGCACGUUCUCCCACCCGUCCCCUUCUUUGCACGCGUAAGGGGACUUUGAAAGUUUUUAAACAACAUCAUUAGAACAUUAAGAGCCGAAGACCAGACGAAAAAGGUGGCAUUCAAUCUUUCCGGUUGGUUUUCCGGCAAGUUAUCGAUACUUCUGUUUAUGGGGAGAAUCAAAAUCAUUAGUUUCAGGCCUUCACUUCUCUAAUUUUUUUUUUCCUUUUUUAAAAACCAAGAAGAAACGAUGGUGAUGUUUGAUGCGUCAAUUGCUGCUAUACAGCUCUGUUUUUUGCUUUGAUCAAAUGGGUGGGGAAUUUUGGUUGUGAUGAAGUAUAGAUGAUUCUUCAGUUUGCACGUCCAAAUCAAAUGGGUUUCUGAGUUUGAUUGAAAUGACAUCACUUCUGCUUUGAUCUUUGAGUAAUUCCGCGUCCGCGUCAAAUGUUUAGACGUCGUAAUUCACAUAUCCUGAGAUCCACGAUCAAAGCUGUUAGCAUUCCUUUUCUUUUGUAUUCCAUCUCGUCCACUUGGGAUAACUAAGCCGGGAGGAUUCAAUAUAGGAAAUGCUUCUCAAGGACGUUAUUUGAAAUAGCAAUUAGGAGUACUGAAAGAGAAGCCUUGAUGAAGUUCGCGAUUCAUGAUUUCACGCCCAUGUUAAGGAAUUCCUGAAGAGGAUAUAAGUGGAGAAAUGAAGUUUAUGAAGCUGGGGUCUCGUCCGGAUACCUUCUAUACCGCUGAGGCUGUGAGGUCUGUCUCCACUGAAGUCUCUAGUGAUCUCAUAAUUCAACUCAAAGGAAGCAGAUAUUUGCUUCACAAGUUUCCUCUGCUCUCCAAAUGCUUGCGUUUACAGAGGCUCUGUUCUGAAUCUCCCGAAUCCUCCCAACACCAAAUAAUCAAACUUCCGGACUUCCCCGGUGGUUCCGAAACCUUUGAGAUCUGUGCCAAGUUCUGCUAUGGCAUUACCAUCACCCUGAGUGCCCAUAACAUUGUAUCUGUUAGAUGUGCUGCUGAAUACCUAGAGAUGACAGAGGACGUGGAGAAAGGAAACUUCAUUUAUAAGCUUGAAUUCUUCUUCAAUUCCUGCAUCCUCCAAGGGUGGAAGGAUUCAAUCGUGGCAUUGCAGAGCACGAAAUCCUUCCCUUUGUGGUCCGAAGAUCUUGGCAUCACGAGCCGAUGCAUAGAUGCCAUUGCCUCGAAAGUCCUAAGUCAUCCCUCCAAGGCGAAUUUGUCAAACAGCUACUCCAGAGGGCGUAGAGAUGAGAACCAGAGACACAAACCUUCACCAAAGGGAUGGUGGGCUGAGGAUAUUGCACAACUGGGUAUAGACCUCUACUGGAGAACUAUAAUAGCAAUUAAAUCCGGUGGAAUGAUACCCUCUAAUCUCAUAGGCGAGGCGUUGCAGAUUUAUGCAUCUCGAUGGCUACCUAGUAUGUCCAAGGAUGGUAUUGCUGCCAAUAAGCAACAUGUACCGGAUUCUGUUUCUGUGUCUGGAGAGAUAACAUCAAAGCACCGGUUGCUCUUGGAAUCGAUAGUGAGCUUACUUCCAUCGGAGAGAGGUGCUGUUUCUUGCAGUUUUCUGCUCAAGCUCUUAAAGGCUGCAAACAUACUUGGUGCUUCUUCUUCUUCAAAAAUGGAAUUAGCCAGAAGAGUGGGAAUUCAGUUGGAAGAAGCCACUGUCAGUGAUCUGUUGAUACCAUCACUAUCACACACAAGCGAUACAGUGUACGAUGUCGAUAUAGUGAUGUCCAUAUUGGAGCAUUUCAUGUUGCAAGGACAGAGUCCCCCAACAAGUCCUCCAAGAGCCAAAGAAGGUUUAGACAGGAGAAGAUCACGAUCAGCGGAGAAUAUUGAUUUUGAGUUUCAGGAGAGCAGGAGGUCUUCUUCGGCAUCACAUAGCUCAAAGCUAAAGGUGGCAAAACUCGUCGACAGGUAUCUUCAAGAGAUUGCUCGAGAUGUGAAUUUGCCUCUGUCAAAGGUGAUUCAACUUGCUGAGGCCAUACCGGAUUUUGCAAGGCCCGAUCAUGAUGAUCUCUACAGAGCGGUUGAUAUUUACCUCAAGGCACACCCAGAUCUUACUAAGAGUGAGCGUAAACAGCUUUGUCGAAUUCUAGACUGCAAAAAACUAUCAAUGGAGGCAUGUAUGCAUGCAGCACAAAAUGAGCUACUCCCACUGAGGGUGGUGGUGCAAGUCCUUUUCUAUGAACAAGUGCGAACCGCCUUGGCGGGUGGACAGUUGACUGAACUUCCUAGCAACAUCAAGACACUUCUAGCUGUGCAUGAAGAUGACCCUGCACGGCAUCCUCAUUCACUAAGCAUCACUGCCACUGGUCCAGAGGAUGAUGAGUGGAGUGUCUCUGGCCUCAAAUCAUCUAGGUCAAAGCUGUCAACUCUAAGAAUGAAGCUGGCUGAAGAAGACAACAAUGUGGAUGACAAUGUCAUACACCAGGAUGGAAUUAGGAAGACUUCUAGGCUUAAAGCUUUCUGCUCCUUUCCUACUAGACCAAAGAAAAUGUUCAAUAAGUUUUGGUCUAUGAACAGAAGUGCAAAUGAAAAGCAUUGAUUUACUUUCUUUAUUCCUAGGCUCCAAGAAGGUAAUAUGAAGAGGUCGACAUAUAUUAUCUCUUGUUACUUGCUUUCUUGCAGAAUGCAUGUAUCUCGUAGAAGAUCAGUUCUCAUUUUGUGACAUUGCCGUACUCUGUUCAGCUGUUCUAAUAAACAGCUAGAUGUUAGAAUUGGGAGGAAAACUGCCUGACAAGAUUUGUAAAUCACCAAAUGUGGAACCAAAAUUGUUAUUUCCCACUGUAAAUUUGUAAUGUCUGUAAGCUGCAUCACCAUAUCUUUUGCUAA